AUGGCAGAGGCGAGCGACGUCGCAGGGAUGUCUCAGGCGACGAGUGAGGGGAGUCGCAUGAAGGUGCUCUUCGUCGAGAUGGGUGUGGGAUACGACCAGCACGGGCAGAAUGUCACCAAGGCAGCGAUAAAGGCGUGUCGAAACGCCAUCACGUCCAACUCCAUCCCCGCCUUCCGCACAGACGUGUGCGUUUCUUCCAUGCGCUACUGCUCUCCUUUCCACCCCCAGGUGCCAUCCCAGGUGUAUCGUGCUAGCUCCGCAGCACUACGAGCGCGCAGCCUUCAGGCUAACCAUCGCCGCGCUCUCGCCAACCCGUCCCUCGUCGCCGUGCGUCUCCCAGCACACAGAGGAUCCACAUCCCUCUCCACACCUGCCAACCGUACUGCACCCACGCGUCUAGCCAUCUGCGCGGACUCCACAAAUCCCUCCACGCCCGAGCCUGCCACCUCUCCCGCACCUCCCGCCAGCCCCGGGUUCGGGCUCGGAGGUCCGGGCACGUGGUUCGGAUUCGGAUCGCUGCAGGAGCUCAGCGUGGGUCGCCUCGCUAUGGUCGGCUUCGCAAGCGCGCUGACGAUGGAAGUCAUCACAGGCAAGGGCGUGUUCGGUCAACUCGGAAUCGACCCCCUCGCGAUCCGCUUCCCGUUCCUCGCGGGACUCACGUUUCUGCUUCUAGGAGGGCUUCUCGGCGGCUGGGUGGUGAUUAACAACCCGCCGGAUGUUUCUAAGGCGCCGCCGAAUGCGGGCGCGGGCGUGCCGCGCGAUCCGUUCAGCAAAAGCGCGCUCGACCCGCUGUUGACGUACACGCGCGGGGUGGAGGUGGAGGGGGAGGAUGGCAAGCCCGUGGUUCUUCCAAUUGCGUCCGACCUGAAGCCGCUUGAUAAAUAA